CCAAUAAGAGAUGAAGAAUGAGGAAGAGUCCGGACACUGGGUAGAGAAGAGCAUAAGUUACAGAGAUGGAAUAAAACAACCUCUUCGUUUAGUUAGUUUGAUUAAAUAAGACGGAUUCAGUGUAAGUUGUUGAAGAAUUGGAGCUUUACUGGGUGAUGGUAAUCGGACGCAUUCGAGACUGGUGCGCUCACUUCGCGGAGCGGCACCAGUCUGAGAUCAACUUUGCGCUGCUGAUCGUUUUUUACAUCCUCUACCUCGUCAUCGGUGCCGGGAUCUUCUCCGCCAUCGAGCUGCCCUAUGAACGCGAGCUUCGGCAGGAGCUGAAAGUGGCCAGGCAGGACUUCCUGAGCAACAACACCUGCGUGUCCGACGCGCAACUGGAGGAGCUGCUGGCUCGAGCGCUGGAGGCCAGUAAUUAUGGGGUGUCCGUCCUUGGCAACGACACCAUACGGAACUGGGACUUCGUGUCCGCUCUGUUCUUCACCAGCACCGUGCUGACCACAACAGGUUACGGCCACAGCGUUCCUCUGUCGAAUGUAGGGAAGGCAUUCUGUAUCUUCUACUCCCUCAUCGGCAUCCCCGUUACCCUCUUCUUCCUCUCAGCCAUAGUAGAGAGGCUGGUGGAACUGAUAUCCCGACGCCCAGUGUCCUACUUUCACCGACGGUGGGCCAUGUCAAGACCGAACCUGGCCGUAAUUCACGCUACUUUGCUCAGCAUCGUCAUGGCUCUGUUCUUCAUCUUUAUCCCUGCCUGGAUCUUUCUCUCCUUGGAAAAAGACUGGAACUUUCUGGAGUCUCUGUAUUUCUGCUUCAUCUCACUGACGACCAUAGGCCUUGGGGAUUAUGUCCCGGGAGAAACUCAUAGUAAAGAGGACAACCCACAUCCACACCUGUAUAGGCUGGCUAUAACAGUUUACUUGCUGCUGGGCUUGGUGUGCGUCCUGGUGGUGUUAGAGACCUGCUACGAGCUUCCCCAGCUCAAACUCUUCAGACGAAGGUUUUACAAGGAAAAGGUUCAGGAGUUGGACUCCGAAACCACUAACAUAAUCAGUCACGAUCAACUCAGCGACCAGAAGCCCGACCCUGCAGAUAAAAUGGCCACUCAGUUGCCAGUCAUCUCUUCUGUCUCACAACAGGCCGAUACGCUUCGCCAGAAUGGCACGUCAACGCCGUACACUCCGGCUUCAGGAACCACUGUUAAUGAAAAACUGUGAUAACAGCAAUAUCAGGGUGUGGUGGAAGUAAAUGAACUUGUUUAUGAACUUUUCUUUCGUACUCCUGCUUUGUUAGUGCAGAAGCGUGAUGUAUCUACAGACAGUAGACACUUAGCGGAGUUAAGAUUGUUUAAAAAAACUGAUUGCUCCCUGCCAACACCAACACAGACAUGUUGUGGAAGGAGGAACCACCCACUGACCAUUGGCAUGAUAUUGUUUUCUCCUGUGUUGCUUUUAUUAAACUGCAGAUACAGAUCACAGAGGAAGGACCCGGCUCCAAAACGGAGGGAAACCUCACAAGUUUCCAACUCUAAAGUCUUCAUGCUUUAACUCUAAAGCAGCAAAGGCAGUUCUAGAGGGUUUCAUAUUCAUUCCUGACACAUAUUUGCAUAGGGAAUUUGCCUUCUUGAAAGCAGCAAAGCCAACAGAGUCGGAGGAAUCUGUUACCGUCUGUUAUCUCAUUCAGGUGUUCCAGGAAGGAGAUCAAUUGUUUUCAAUGAAUAAAUAUUUCAGUUCCUGGUUUCUUUUAGAGGAGGAUCAGCCUUUGCAAGUAGAUAAAGCUACACUGCAGUGUACAAGAUAUGCCACUAGAGGGCAGCACUUUCAUAUUGCAGGGAGAAGUCUUUCAAAUGAAGAUAUGGAUGCAGAUGUUUUGCAGCCCGUAAUUUCAUGAAGGAAGUGCUAAAAUGCUGCUGCUUUGAACUGAAUGUCACAGUCAAUGUUUUUGUGUUCUACACUUGUAACCAUUUGUAUUUGAGUAAAGAGAAAGUUUGCCCUGACUUCCAGACAACAAUUAGCUGUUGUCGAUUUUCUGGUUUGAGGGCUUUAAUAAACACACAACUACAAAAUUGUUAUCAUAAAAUCCACCUAAUCUUUUAAGUAUAAAAUAGAUCUUGAAACAUAAACAUAGUACAAAGAUGUUGAGUUUUUAUGCAAUGCCUUGCAAAAGUAUUCCUACAAUAAAUUUCUUUUUUUUUUUUGUUAUAGAUUAAUAAAAGGAGCUCAGAAUUAGAGUCGAAAGGAAACUGAGGCAUAGUUUUAAAAAUAUUUCACAAUUAAAAUUAUGAGAAGUGUUGUGUACAUGUGUA